AUGGUGACUUCUUUUUCUCAUAUUAUGAGCUUGAUUAUCUCUAUCUUCACCAUUUUCCUCACCUUUCAUAUAGCAAAAACCCAAAAUGUAACCCGUGGUUCUUCUUUAACACCAACCGGUUCCACAACUUCAUGGUUGUCGCCAUCAGGCCUAUACGCCUUUGGUUUCUAUCCGCAAACAGGUGGCUACGCUGUUGGUAUCUAUAUUGCCGGAAUUCCAGAAAGGACUGUGGUCUGGACAGCCAGCCGCGACAACCUGCCAAUCUCAAAUAAUGCUACUGUACGGUUUACAAACAAUGGAGGGCUCACCUUGGACGGAACACAGGGCCAAGAAAUCAGUAUAGUUGAUAUUAGUGGUGCUUCUUUUGCUUCCAUGCAAGAUAAUGGCAACUUUGUGCUCUAUGAUGGGACAACGGUACUGUGGCAAAGCUUUGACCACCCUACCGACACCCUUUUGACAGGGCAACGUCUUGCUAAUGGACAAACGCUGAUUUCAAGUGUCUCGGAGACAGACCAGUCCGGUAUCUUCAGGCUCAAAAUGCAAAAUGAUGGGCACCUCGUGCAGUACCCGAAUGUGGAGGAGACUCCAGAUACUGGUAGCUAUGCUUAUUGGGCCUCGGGGACAGCAGGAAAUGGACCUAAUGUGACACUAAAUCUUGAUUCGGAUGGUUUUCUCUACUUGUUGAAAAAUUCAACUUUUUUAAUUAGGAAUCUAACUCAAGGAGGUUAUCCUAGAGAAAGGGCAAUCUAUCGAAUGAAAAUUGAUGUUGAUGGCCUCUUUAGAUUGUAUUAUCAUAAUCUAAGUAACACAGACAAGAAUGGAUCUGUCAUAUGGGCAUCCUCAGAUAACAAGUGUGCAGGGAGGGGUCUUUGUGGUGUAAACGGGUACUGUUCAGUCAUGAACAAUGCUGCACUAUGUCAAUGUUUGCCCGGAUUUGAAUUUGUCAAUCCAAAGAUUUGGAGAUUGGGUUGUAAAAGAAGUUAUACCGUAGAAAACUGCAAGAUUGAAGAUGCAGGUACCGCUUUCUCGAUGAAACGUUUGAAUAAUGCUAGAUGGGAAGGAGACCCAUAUGCUUUCCCAGAAGCACCUACCCAACAAGAGUGCUCAGUUGCUUGUUUGAAUGACUGCAACUGUGAGGUGGCACUAUUCACCGAACAAGUAUGUAAGUUGCAAAAGCUUCCUAUAAGAUUCAUUGAAGUAGUUCCGAGCGAGUCAAAUGUUGGAUUAGUCAAAGUAUACGCAUCUUCAGAUCUAUCUAAUACAACAAUCCAACAUAAGAAAGUGCAACAAAUGAAGAUAUUGGUUAUCGGUAUUUCACUCAUCUCAUUAGCCGUACUCAUUCUGAUACUUUCUGGAGUACUAAUCGUGAUCGGUAGAAAUCAUGUUUUGGCAUACAAAAAACUAUCUGAUAAUGUUAAUGCCCAAUUAUUCGAGGAUAUAGGACCUCGGGCUUUUUCAUAUGGUGAGUUAGAAAGGAUGACAGAUGGUUUUAAACAAGAAUUGGGUAGAGGAUCAUUUGGGAUAGUUUACAAAGGUUUUAUGGAGAGUACAAAGAAGGCAGUGGCGGUAAAGAAAAUAAAGGAAGAAUUUGUUCAGCAAGGCGAAAGAGAGUUUCAAACUGAAACAAACGUGAUUGGGAGAACUUAUCACCGUAACUUGGCAAGGCUGCUUGGUUAUUGUUGUGAGGGUCGUGAAAGACUAUUGGUUUUUGAGUACAUGACUAACGGAUCACUUGCAGAUAUACUGUUUGAACCCAAAGAAGGCAAAUCAAAACCAUGUUGGAUGGAAAGAAUUCAAAUAGCAGUUGAUAUUGCCCGUGGAAUCCUCUACCUGCAUGAAGAAUGUGAAACAGCGAUAAUUCACUGUGACAUAAAGCCUCAAAAUAUCCUCAUGGAUGAGUAUGGAUGUGCCAAGAUUUCCGAUUUUGGAUUGGCAAAACUACUAGAACAUGAUCAAAGUAAAACUUCCACUUUGAUAAGAGGCACAAGGGGCUACGUCGCGCCCGAAUGGUACAAGAAGCAACCCAUAACAGUUAAAGUGGAUGUGUACAGUUUUGGAAUUGUUCUGUUUACUAUUCUAUGCUGUAGGAAGAACAUCGACAAUAGUCUUCCUGUUGAUGAAGCUAUUCUUGAAGAAUGGGUGUAUGACUGUUAUGAAUCAGGUGAAGUAUAUAAAGUGGUGGAUGAUGAAGACGUAGAUAAGAAGACACUCGACCGAAUGAUUAAAAUAGGGCUUUGGUGCAUUCAAGAGGAUCCAUCCUUCCGCCCCUCGAUGAAGCAAGUGGUGUCGAUGCUUGAAGGGACUGUCAAAAUCCCAGUACCUCCAAACCCUUAUUCAUUCCUGAGUGUCGAUUAGCUCAAGAAAAUAGUAAAAACAUUACUGUUUUGGAUUUUGUAAUUUAGCUAAUUCUUGUUAGUUGUACUUGUCAAUCGGAAGUUUGUUUGUUUAACUAUAUAUAAUGUUUGAAUAUGUGAUUAUUCGUUGAAUUGUAAUUUCUAAAUCUGUAUGCUCAGUGUUUA